AUGGUGUAUGGAGCCGUUGCAUUGGGAGGCAUUACCAGAUUGACUGAAUCAGGGCUAAGUAUGGUGAAUUGGGAUCUUUUUCGUACAAUGAGACCUCCAUGGGAUGAAGAUCAGUGGAAACAGGAAUUUGAACGUUACAAACAAUUUCCAGAGUAUAAGUUCAAAAGUAGUAAUGAAGAAAUGACGUUGGUAGAUUUUAAAUUUAUUUGGGCCAUGGAGUACAUCCACCGCAUGUGGGGACGAGCGUUAGGCGUCAUUUUUCUACUUCCUUGUGCAUAUUUUUGGAGUAAAGGUCAUUUCGCUGCUGCAAUGAAGAAAAGGAUGUUUAUUGCCGGUACUUUAGUUUGCUUACAAGGGCUCAUUGGUUGGUGGAUGGUAAAAUCAGGAUUGGAUCCCAAUAAUAAUUCUAACAAACAAAUACCGCGAGUGUCGGAAUAUCGUUUAGCUACUCAUCUGGCACUUGCCUUUUUGCUGUAUACAGUAUUUUUGUGGACUGGUCUUUCAUAUGUGUUUAUUCCACACAAUGUUAGUUUUAGAAUCGGGCAAUUGCGUAGCAUGACACAUUUAUCAAAAACUCUGAUCAUUUUGACCGCAAUAAUGGGCGCUUUUGUUGCUGGCUUAGAUGCGGGAUUAGUGUACAAUACAUGGCCGAAAUAUGCAGAAAGCUGGUUUCCAGAAGAUUUGUGGAUUAAAGAUCCUAAAUGGCGAAACAUUUUUGAAAAUCCCACGACUGCUCAAUUUAUGCAUCGGAAUAUGGCAUAUUUGACACUGCUAUCAGUAACACUUACUUGGUUGAUUGGACGUCGUAUGCGUCUCGGUCAGCGUGCUAAAUUUGCUUUACAUUCAAUGAUGGGUAUGAUGUAUGUUCAAGUGAUUCUAGGAAUUGCAACAUUGGUGCACUAUGUUCCAGUCUACCUGGGUGUCAUGCACCAGAGUGCAUCGAUGGUUUUAAUGACUUGCGUGUUCUGGCUUUCUAAUGAAAUUCGUCGUAUCCCCAAGUAG